AUGAAGACUUCAGACGGUGAGAAAAUGCCCGCGAGAUCAAGAACCUCAUGGAGUCCUGAAGAAGACAACAAGCUGAAAGCCUACAUUAAGCGAUACGGCAUUUGGAACUGGAGUCAGAUGCCUCAAGCUGCCGGUUUGACACGAUCUGGAAAAAGUUGUAGGCUCCGAUGGAUGAACUACCUUAGGCCUGACAUUAAGCGGGGAAACUUCAGCCAAGAGGACCAAGAAACUAUACUCAAGUGGCAUGAACUGCUGGGGAACCGAUGGUCUGCAAUUGCCGCAAAACUUCCUGGAAGAACCGACAAUGAAAUAAAAAAUUAUUGGCACGCCCACCUGAAAAAGCUCAGUAAGAACAAUUCGUCAUCAACCAUUAUAUCAGAAUUGGUGGGAACAUCCGAGGACGUUGACUCUAACAAGAAUGAUUCUUCUGGGAAUCAAGAUCUCCUACUUUGCGAUUCCCCAAAACUGCCAAAUGUGGAUGGCUUUAACGGUAUACAGACGUCACCACAAGUAUAUAUGUCCAUUAAUGAUGUGAUCUCUUCUUCAAGCAGUACUGAUCCUCCAGUUGAAGAUGUUAUAAACCAAUACAUGAUAGAUCAGAACGAGAUCAAUUUUAGUUCUUCCAACGCCUGUGAAAUAAUCCAAAGUAUAUGGGAGCAGCCAUAUUUUUCAUUUCAGGACAUAUUCAUGCCUGAAACAGACCCUGUAUUUAUGGCUUCAACUACUGCGCCCAUGUAUCCAGAUGUUUGCUAUGAUGCUGGCUAUGAUUUUUGGGUCGAUUGA